GCAUUUCAUUUCGGAUAAAAUUCAGAGAACCCGGGAUGAAUCGUCAUUUGGUUCAGAGGUUUCGAAGCAAACAGUUCUAGUUAUAAAUUUAGCUACAAAUCGUUGAAAUGCUCAUCAAAGUGUCCAAGUUCUUGACCAUACUAUUAGUAUGUGUUUCAGCCGGCGCUGCAUCCAAGUAUUUAGCCGAAAAACCCGACUUCCUUACACCUUGCUCCGAGGGGGAUAAUCCUUGCCUAACCAGCAACUUUCAGGCUUUCUUCCGCCAAUGGAAGGAUGGCAUCCCUGGAAACAGUGCCGUGGGAUCCUUCGAUCCUCUCUAUAUAAAGCGUGUGAAGUUUUCGCAGGACACUAAUAAUGCCAUAGCCAUUAAUGCUGAUCUGAAGGAAGUCCACGUUGCUGGAGCUGGUCAGGCGGUAGUCAAAGAGGCCAGUUACAACAACUACGUGGCCAAGGCUUUGAUUACAGUGCCAAAACUGCGCUUUAAUUUCGAUUACAAGGUGAAGGGACAUGUGGUGGCCCUAAAUCUUAAUGGGCAUGGAGUUGGCUACUUUGAAUCUGAAAAUGCUUUGAUUUAUUUGGAAAUGGCGGUGAAGCCUCGCACAUCUCCAGAAGCCAUUUUUGCGGAUGUGCAAAGUGUUAAGGUUAGUUUCCGCGAAAUCAAACAGUUCCGCAUCAAGCUGGAGAAUCUAUUUGGAGGCAACAAGGAUCUGGAGGACACUGCUCACACGCUCUUUAACGAGAACUGGAGGGAUUUCUAUGAGGUUCUUCGUCCUGCAGUGGAACAAACUGUUUCGGGAGUGCUCCUGGAUCGCUUCAAGAAGACGUUCAAUUUUGUGCCAGCCACCUACUUGAUCAAAGACUUUCACUGAGAAGAUUUCAAAACAGGUUUAAAAGUAUAAUCAGAUUUUUUGAAGGUUUCUAAGUCUAAUAACCUCUUGAUUGUAUUUUUUAAAAGACAACUGAAUUAGGUUAGAUAUUACGUUUUUAAACAAUUCUAUUUGUUGACUGCCAGAAAAAAUAUGGAAAAACUUAAAAUUACUCAACUUUUUCAGUGAUAUAUCUUCUCUCAUACACUUAAGACAAUAAUAUUGUACAGCCGCUUGUUAAGCCAGGAAAUAGGUGAAAUAAAUGUUUAUAAAUAUGAAAA